AUGAAUCCAAUUGAGGCUGAAGGUUGGAUUGAUAAACUGGAGACCAUCUUCAGAGCUGCCCUUUGCACUACUCAAAAUAAGGUGCAAGUAGCUAUUAUGCUGUUAGAGGGACAAGCUAAGCGCUGGUGGGAAAGUGUGAGCCCAGCUGAUAACUCACAAAUUACUUGGGAUGAAUUCAAAAGGAUGUUCUUUGAUCACUACUUCCCGUCUGCCCUACGUCAAGACAAGGAAUCAGAGUUCUUUGCCUUGCAACAAGACAAUAUUCAUGAAGAUGACUUCAUCGCUAAGUUUAUAGACCUAUCCAAAUAUGUGACAUUGUUGUGGAGGGAUGAGCACUUAGGUUGGAUGGCUAGGCAAUUACAAGAAAGGGCUAGACCAAACUUGAAGCAACAACUAGCCCUAGUUCCAAUGACCGAUUUUGGAGACAUAUGUAUCAACCUUCGAGUUACAGCUAGGCGAACUGGUGAGGCUGAUGAAGCUCGUAGAAGGGAUUCUCAAGGGCGAUUUUCCUUAUACCCUGGACCAACUGGAGGGGUUAGUAAGAGAAAUAUUAUGGGCACAGGAAGUGUAGGUCCAUAUGGAAGAAUCAAAACUUAA